CAACAACUUUAAUCUCCCCAAGAAAUCCGAGCUUCAUCGCCCAAAAUAAUCUCUAACCACCGAACCCCUUCUGGCCUGAUCUCCUCUUCCCGGUCCUUCGGGCAAUGGCCUCUGUCAUAUAUCGCCCGUCUCGCUGACGUCUCCUGUCCUUUCUUUCAAUUGAGACUUGCUAGGCUAGGGGCAUUGGACUCUGGUCGGAUGUCUUACCGCUAGGUUCCGCGUGAGCUGGGGCUGGGUUGGCGUGGUAAAUACGAGGCCAAAUUUUUUUUUCCUUCUUUUCCGAUCAUGUUUUCCAAGCCGCAGAAUACUGGCGGUGCGACGGUUCCUUCGCGGAAUGCCUUACGAGUGCUUCGCCAGCUCGCUCUCGCGGGGUCGACUGUUGGGAGUGUAUGCACCAUCGCAGCGCUCACGUAUGAAGUGCAUCGGAGAGUCCGCGUUGCCGAACGAAUCAUCGAGAAUAAGCGUACGUUGCAAUCAUCUGCGCCGAACUACGAUGCUACCUCGGCGGCGAAGAGACUGGCUCGUAUGAUGGAGGCGGCGGAGGCCGGGGAGUUUAUGGGUCUCGAGUCGAUGAAGGCGGAUGAUAGGAGACGAAAGAGGGAGCGCAGUUUGCAGAACGAAUCGGAUCAUGAUGCUUUACCCUGGAAUGGAUAUCCUGAUAGACCUCUACCGGAGGUGGGAAUGCCACUUGAAGGGCUAUUGCGCCCGCUUGCACCGCGGAGUUCACCGGAAAUUGUCACAUCGAAGCCUCCGCGGGCAGAGAGACCGGGUCAAACGAAGACAUGGGAGCAUUGGGAGCCGAGUCCAGUACUUCAUCCACAGGAGAAACCAUUGCAAGGAGCAGACAAUGCAGGGCAACAGUCACGAGCUAAACGUCCCAAUCCCACAGCAACGGAGCCAAAGACCGAAUCGCAUCGUGGAUCCAAUGAUGAUGCAGAGCUAUCUAUUCCUGACCAGAUUCGAGACUUGCUGGACCGUGGCCGAGCGAUCGAGGCCGCACAAUUAUUUCUGGAUAAACACCCGGCUUCGUUGAAAGGUAUAUCUGUCGAGAGGAAAGAGCUUGCCAUCAGGAUCUUCAUGGUCAACUGCAAACAGGGAAAUGUGUUCAUGGCAAGGACCAUCUUUGAACGACUUGAGGCCGUGGACACGGUGACGGCAACAAUGUGGAAGGUCCUGAUCCUCGCGCUGGCACGGAAGGGAAGCAUCGAAUCCGUUGCCGCGCUAUAUACGAGAUAUAUGAAUGAAUUCAACGUGCCUGUGGAUAUGAUCGAUAUCGUCCUGAGGGCGUUGCUAGAGUCUCAUAGACUGACGACGGCCAAACGGUUCCUUUUCAGGAAUCUCAAACACGAUCAACAGUGCGGUCUUUGCGGGACGUACCUGCACGGACUCUGGAAGAAAACAAGGAGUGUGGAAUUGAUCAACGGACAACUGAAGAAGCUGCUCACCUUCUUAGCUAGGUUGGGUAAACCACCUACCGAGAAACUCUUCAAUCCUGUAUUGAGAGCAUAUAUCGAUUUCGGGAGACCAGCAGAUGCAGAAGCUCUUGUCGCUGACAUGGUCGAAAAAUAUAACAUUCCCCUGAGCUGCCGGACAAAAGGUCUACUGGUGUACUCUAGAGCCCUUCGAUGUGAAUGGGAUGAGGUCGAGCUUGGGCUCGAAGAGAUGCAUAAGCUUGGCUUCACGAAAGAUCGAGUGGACUUCCUGAAGAUCUUCGAUCGCAUAUUCUUGGAAUACUGGGUGGUCAACAAAGGCGUUGCUAUACGCGACUUUAUCUUCCGGAGCAUUGAGAGGUUCAACAUUGUACCAGACAAGGUUUUAUACAAGCAUAUGUUGGAGGCUCUCGUCGAAAAGGGUGACAAUGAUAUGCUUGCUGAGUUUAUCCAGCUGAGCAAGGAUAAGUCCUGGAAGAUCCCUAUUGAUGAGGGUGCCUUUUUGGACUCGUUGCGGGCUCGUCGCCUGGCAGUGGAGAACAGCCCGGUGGGAUUUUGGCAGAUGCUGCAGGCUGCGCGCGUGAAAUAUGGACAGUCAGCGACCUCCCAGCAGAUUCUCGGUUACGACAAACGAUCGUUUCCCAUGCCGGAGGUGAAUAAAAUGCCCUUUACGGCGGCCCCGCUCCCAUGGUACGAAAAGCUCAUGGAAGAUGUUGUCCCAUCCAAAUCUAUCGAUCAGUAUCAACCACUCGACAGACAAAUGGCUCACUACAUCCAUGCGGGCAAGAUGACCGAGGCGCUCAAAUGCUUCCAGAAAGCAAAAGGUGCGCAGCUGCAGCUCAAGCCGCUACAUGUCGAGCUUGCGGCCACUGCCACUAUCCUUGAACAUGGCUUGGUCGCAGCGCGAGAAUUGGUGGAGACUGAGUGGAAAGGUAUCAAAAACCAGACAUCAUUGUACCCCCUCUUCUUCCAGCAGAUCAUGGAAGUUGAUCCCUCAAAUGAAGCGGAGGUCGCCCAGCUGGCUGUCUUCCGUUUCUAUGAGCUGUGCUGGGAGCAUCCCCGGUUGAUCGUCAAACACCAUAUCACCGUGGGUACGAGCCGGAAACUUAUCCUUCAGAAUAAACCAGAGGUCGCCCUGCAGUUGAUGAAGGCCGUAUACAUAUCUCGUCACGGCCGGGAACAGAAAUUCGAUGGCACUUGCAUGAAAAUCUUCGCCAGAGCUUUUGCCACAACGAACAACCGAGCUGGUAUUCGGUGGUGCAUCUUGACAGCCCUCUCUCGGGACACGGCUCUCAACCAUGAUCUAGUUGUCGAGAUCCGCCGCAUCGUCGCAUCUCUUAGAACCGAGCCGGAGCUUGCACAGAAGAAGGGCAAGAGCCCACCCCGUUACGUGAUGCGUCGUCUGCGUUAUCUUGACCAUCUGGAGUUCCUGGCUACUCUACUGGAGAACAAGAGCAAGGGUGAUCCGGCUCUGCUACAACUUCGGGCGAACCGUGCAAAGAGACGCUUUAUCCAUGCGAACAACAUCAAACCCGAGCACGAGCAGGCCACUUUUGAUUUCAGCGACGUCAAGGAAAUCGUCGAGUCCUGGGAUGAGGAGCGCGAACUGGAGCGACUUUUCGUGCCGUCUAGCACAAAAGGACGGCGUGAAACCCUUGCUCAAUGGAGUGAGGAUGUAGUCUUGCAAGAUGACUCGGAUGUAGAAGCAUCCGUUGCGGCCCAGGCGUCUUCCUAGAACAGUCGAUAACGAGACUCUUGGCCGCUUCUAACAGUUCCCUAGCCUGAUGGCUUCUUGACGGAUUCUAUAGCACUUGCAGGUGCUAUCUAUUCGCGGGGCCUGUUGCUGAUUUCUUUUGUCUUAACACACAUGUAAGGCCUUUUUGAUAUAGCCUGUUCUUGUAUAUACCACCACCGCUUGACGCUGUAAUUCUAUGUAUUUUAGAUAGCCAUUGCCAAGGAGAAAUGACCAUGAGUAACC